AUGUCCUCCUCACAGAACCCGUUCGAGGAGCCUAUUCAAGGUUCACAUGCCAACGGUAUUCGUGGCAUGCUCCGGGCCCUGUCAGUUCGUCAACAGGAGAAGAAUCAAGAAAAGAGGGCAGCAAGACACAGACAGCAAAAUUGGACACUCCUGGAUUCUGGGGACUGUAAAAGCUGGAGCCUGGAGGAAAUCCAGCACGAGUAUGAAAUCCUGCUCAAGAAGUACAAGGAGAAUACCCGAGACCAGAACUAUCUGGUCAACGCCAGCAUCACCAACAAGAAGGAGAUAACCAAUGCUGGAAACCCUCUGGUAGAGUCUCUGCGCCUCGUCAUUAACAAGAAGGAGGCACAGGCGGCAAUUGCGAAAGCCUGCAAGCAUCCAGAGCCAGAGAAUGUGCACCUGGCCAUGAAGGAGAUCAGUGACGCCGACAAGCGCAUCACUGCUCUUCAGACCCAGAUUCGAGGCUACGUCGAUGCUCUUCGACAGUGGCUGGACAAGGAGCCUGGCUUUUAA